AUGGGUGAGAAAAACAAGCACUUCAACGGAGAAGGCGGAUGGAUGGAUGGAAACACGGCAGUGAUGGACACAAUGUUCGUUGAAGUGCUUGUAAGAAUCUUUUACGGGUAUAGUGAUGAAGCAGAUAUUUUACGGGUAAUAAAAUGUAAGAAUCUUGACCUUAGUCAAGUUCCACCUGAGGUUGGAUCUUCCAGUAGCAAUGAAUCAGAGUCUGACUGCUGUCCUGAAAGUAAUGGAAUGGUUAUGGAGACAUGCAAGAAGAUACCUUCUGCUCCACUGCAUAGGAAGGAGUCCUUGUACUCUUCAUUCAACAGUGGCUCUUCAAUGUGCUUGGAUCAAACCACUGCAAGAUCAGCAUUAGCAGAUGAAGAAGUUAAACGAGUUGUUGCAGACUUCAGCUCAACGGUGGCCUAA